AUGUCCAUCGUGCACGUCCGCACGCGAUCGGUCACGUCCAGUGCGGUGCGCAAAGCGGAGCAACAGAAGAAUGCUGGUUAGUGCACUCAAUGGCACAUGUCGUCCUCCCAGACGGUAUCGUGGCUCAUGAUCGCCUGCCAACUUCCCAUCACAGCCGCGUUGAAGGCGCUCGACUUUACCCCACCCGCGGUGUCGAAACCGUCCUCGACCGCAUCCACGGCCACGGCCACGACCAAGACGACCAAGUCGACCGUACCGAGGAAGAGACCUGCUCCCAAACGCGAACUACCGCCGAGAGAGCCGACAAGGGCUCGGUCGACGAGGAUGGCCGCCGCGGCUGGACAGCAAAGGACAGACGAGGAAAUUCAGGCGAUCGCUGAGGUCAGUUUACUCGAAAGACACGUCGCGUCGCGUGAAGUGCGGACAUGAACUUUGGCAAAUGAUCCUCUGCGGGGGAGAAGCAACACUAACAGUUCUAUACAAUACGUUUCGGUGCGCUCGUUCGCCCUCGCAGGCCAAUGCUAAGGAGGAGGAGGAAGAGAAGGAACGCCUUCGAAUAGCCAAGCACGGAUCGAGGUCACUGGAUGCCAUGACCGGUGUCACCGGCUCACUCGAGACGGAGCAGCUGCAAGAAGAGUUCAGGCGACUGGCCAGCUAUGUUGCUGAGACGACCAAGCGACCCGCCUCUUCCGCCAAGUCUAGUCCGAGCAAAACGAGAGCCGCGUCGAGCUCGCCGCAGAAGAGCGGCGGUGCGAUCGAACUUGGGCCUGCGAAUGUCGACACCAAGGCACUGCAAAAGAUUGUCAAGUCGGUCGAACAUCGAGCCACCGUCAAGGUGGGCUACAGCGCGUCUGGAAUAUGUGUUCCUGCCGCAGGGUUUGCUGAUCCGAGUUUGCAUGCCUCCAAUUGCAGAUUAUUCCCGAUCGAAUCUACUCAAUGGUGGUUCAUCCUGAUCAGACACGUGAUCUGGUGAGCGCUCUAUAAUGGUCCUACGGCCAUAAACAACUCAACUGACGCUCUCGGUUCUGCUCCCCAUCAGGUCUUUGCCGGCGACAAGAAAGGUCACAUUGGGCUGUGGGACGCCACGAACGCGGGAAACUUGAUUCCGGCAGCCUCGAAUGGGUCCAUCCGCGACGGCGCCAAGAACGACAGUGAGGAUGAAGAAGACGAAGAAGAGGUGUUCACACCCGAUCGAGGCAACCAUUACCACUGGCAAGGCCAUCUACAAAACACUGUCUCCCAACUUAAGCUCGCUCCCAAUGAUCCCCACAAAGUGAGCAAUACCAGAUGCGUCGAAGGGACGUUGAGCUUUCUAAGCUCACGCCGUUCUCUCUGUACAAUGGUCAGCUCUACUCGAGCUCUUACGAUUGUACGUUACGGUGUCGGGACUUUACCAAGGAUGUCGAUUAUGAGAUCGUGGAUCUCGACCGCUUCGACGAAUCAGAGGCGCUCGUCCAUUCGUUUGACUUUACCCCAUCUGGGCAUGUGCUCUACGGUAUGUGGCAGCAUCGAGGUGUAACACGCUUCGACUGAAGCUGACCUCGGAUUGUCAUGGAACUGACCAGCUGUCGACAACAAUGGAGGCAUGGUGCGACGCGAUCUAAGGCAGAAGAUGGACAAGGCCGAGCGUUGGUACAUUGAUCGAGCCAAAGGUAGGUCCAUGGCCGUGGAUGCUUGAGCAGAUCAUCGGACCGCUGCUUAUCCAAACUGUCCUUCCUCACAAAGUUGGAUGCAUCAGCAUCAACCCUGCGAAUGAAAACAUGGCCGUCACGGCCCACCUCAAGAAGGAAAUGAAGUCGGUCCUUGUCUUCCAAAGCCCGGCACAUUUGAGUUGACAUGCUGACUGCAGGUACUUGCAAACAACUUUGCUCGCUCAGGCUUUGGGACCUGCGUAAAUUCACGACGUCGGCUCAAGAGACUUCCGCCGAAGAUCAAAUGGAAGACGCCUUGCUGGCUUCAUAUUCGUAUCGCAACGCGUGCUCGUCUGCGUACUUCGACUGGACGGGGACUAAGAUCUUAUCAACCUGCUACGAUGAUUAUCUCAGGAGUAGGUCCCGGCGCAUCUUCAGUACAACGUGCGUGGGCCCGGUCGGCUGAUGGCGUUGUUGGCGCUUACAGUCUGGGACAUUGACCCGAAGAAAACCGAGCCGGUGGUCAAGACGUUCGAACCUUCAACCAAGAUCAGAGUGAGUGCGAUUGAGGCUCUUUCUUUUCGACUUCCAGAGCUAAAAUGUGCUACUUCAUACAAACACAGCAUGACUGCCAAGGUGUGUAGCUCCCUCUGUGCUUCUGCACGCCCGUCUCGUAUCGUACUGACAUGUCCAGCCGCUCGUAUAUCCCAUAGUCGGACGCUACGUAUCCGUCUUCCGCGCGCAAUGGAUCCACUCCCCCCUCCUCCCCUCCUCAUUCACCAUUGGCAACAUGAAGCGUUACCUUGACGUUUACUCAGCCGACGGAACCAACGUCGCUCAUCUAGCUGACGAGAUGAUCACGGCCGUACCGGCUGUGACGGCGGCUCAUCCUACGCUUGGGGAAGCGAGGUUGUAUGGGGGUUCAGCGAGUGGCAAGAUUAGCUUCUUCAAAGGGGUUGAUUGA